ACACGAGGCAGUGUUGGAGUGUCACAUGCACAUGCAUCCCCCUGCACGUUGAUUGACAUGUGCACGUAGUCUCUCCAACGCGGCUAGGUGAGCUAUCUGGCAGGCAGCAGGACACACAUGUGAAAAAUCAUAAUAAUCAACACACAUGCAUGUUAGUUAUGUUGUGAAGACGGAAAAAGCGGCUGCCUGUCUGUCAUCUGAUCAGAUCAUGCACAGCAGGGUAUGGGCGAAAAACCACUCACUCAUUCAGACACACUCGAGGCAUCAGCGAGGGAACACGCCCACACACCCACUCCCCUUAAAACACCCACACACAUCCUCUCUGCACCCCCCGGGAGUGUGGCAUGCGUGUGUGUGUCUGGCAUAGCUAUGACUGUCCGUACUCGAACCUGCCGUACUGCAUGCCAUAGACCUCCUCGUUCUUGUUAAGCUCCACCUUGAGGCCAGGGCCGCACACGUACGUCUGACAGGUCAGAACGUACCCCUUGUCCUUGGUGACCUCCUCCAAGCUGUCGCGAUUGAUGACAUAGGCCUCCCCCAACUUGCCGCCCACGAUGCGCCCGGCACAGCUGGUGCACACGCCGUUCCUGCAGUCGCACGGCGGGUCCUCCCACACCGUCUCGGCCGCCUCCAGCACACUCGUCCCCUCCGGCACCUCAACCGUCUCGAUGUCGCCGUCAUAGUUGAGCUCGAUGGUCCAGGACCGAGAGGGGUCCAGCCUGCCCUCGAGAUCUACAGGCACCUCCGGCACCUGCAUCAGCACACUGUGCGGCCUCCUGGGGACGGCUGAGCGGCUCCUCAGCCUCUGGAUGGGCGAAAGUGAUGGAGAGAAGGUCUGGGGGACGAAGGCACCGACAAGUGGCAGAAGGAAGCCAAGGAGGGCAGAUGCGAUGAUGGAUGGCAGCAUUGCGGCAGAUGGCUUCGUUGUACUUUCGUUGGCAGACCUAAGCUUCCUGACAGGGACACGCACAGCGCACCACAUCGUCGGAUGAGUGGAUCUUUUCGAACUUGCUUCAACCCAUUCACCUCGAGCAAGAGUUGAGGUUCAAGAUGAAGGUGUUUGAGGAGGAGAGAGGGAGGAUCUGCG